AUGUUGCUUCAACAGAUUCUCAUCAUAACUUGUGCCAUCUUUCGGCCAACCUUCUCGAUGCCCAUGGAAAAAUCGGUUGCAAAAGCCGCAACGGAGGAAGCUGGUCUAGGAGACUCGCGCACCGUUGCUGAUCAAGUGAUGUUUCCGGAAAACGCACCAAGCCGUGGAUCAAAAGCAAACGCGAAUGAGGAGCUCUCCGGCGACAGAGUGGAAAAGCCACAGACUGGCAUCUUAGCUGCACAAGCCUGCACAAAGCAGGGGGCGAAUCUAAGAUCCUCGCGCGUCGAAACGGACCAUCCGGAAACGGCACAAACCCGUUCAUCCGCCAAUCAAGUAGUUGUUCAUGAAGAAAUCGUCGACGACACUACGGGUAGAUCAAGCGGUCUUCCAGAGCCCAAAGAUUCUGUAGACUCGGAAACCUCUGACUCUGAGUCUGAAUCAGAGGCAGCAAUCCGCCCUGAAGAUGCUGCUGAGAUCGCCAGAUUCGAAGAGGAAAAAAAAAUGCGACUUCGGCUUCUCAUUGCACCACUCUUUCCUGCUCUGAUCAGCGGUUACGCCUUGGCCAUGUACGCAUCCAAGGUUGAUAAUCCAGCCCCUGCCGAUUUAAUUUUCGUCACUGGCUUAAUCGCUUGGGUCUUUGGCAUUAGUGCGAACAUAAUGGCUUCCGUUUAA